AGCUACAUCGAGCACAAAAUAACUAUUGUGGGGAUAGAUGAUUGAUAACGCAACUGCUAUAGCGCAGGCCGGGAGACGGAAACAUAUGUAAUUGUCUUAUUGUACAGCUGGUUCAGUGACACUGGGUACUGCAUGGAUUGUUAUUGCAAUCAGUCCUUCUACAUCAGCCACUUCUACCAGCAAUUACACAUUACUUUGAUUCCGGACGGCUUGCGGAGGAGGAAUAUUGCUGCAGAGCUAUAGGGGAAUGCCAUGUGUCGUGGCGCGACAUAAGAAGCGCUUUGUGGUGUGUUUUCCACCGGGGACAGGUGGUGUUGGGAGGUAGCGGGUGUAUAUGAAAACACAACCCGGAGACAGUUGUCUUAAGGAUGUCACGCUGCCGUACAGGAAUUUUUUUUUGUUGCCAGAGACAGAUGCGACAGAGAGGAGUAGGCUAGUAGUUUACAAAUUAGGUUAGGAUUAGGUUUGACGAAAACAUCGGAUCACUCUCUCCUCUUCUUACAUACUGGAUAUUAAUCCAGGGGAAAUCAGACUGUAGAGAGAGGCAAGAACUGUGUAACCGCCGCGUUCCGGGCGCACCCUUUACGCGAAAAUAAGCGGGAGGAGGAUGGUGCAACAUUAGGCUGUCAACAAAGGUGUCUUACCCAGAAAAACAAACAAGGUUGUUUCACUACUUACUUCGUGCUGAGUCUGUGUUCUACUGCUGCCAUGGCGACCCUGGCCCCACCCUUCUUCCUGCUUUUUUGGCUCCUCCGAUUGGCCAGCGCCGCAUUUCCAGAGGAACCGGGGCCUCUGAACUUUAUACCCACUGAAGUGGUACGGCGGUACCCAGUGUUUCUGGGUCGGCCACAUCGUUCAUCCCUGAGACAGGAGACACUGCAUAUUCAGAGAGUGCUCAAGGUGAACCGGACUCUCUACAUUGGAGCCAGAGAUGACCUUUUCCGUGUGGAGCUGGACAAUGUGGUGGGAGAGGAGAUGUUCUACAGUAAGAAGAGAACAUGGGAGUCCAACAAAAACGACAUCAGGACCUGCAGGAUGAAGGGCAAGCACGAGGACGAGUGUCGGAACUUCAUGAAGGUUUUGCUGAGUCGACAAGGAGGUCUGUUUGUCUGUGGGACCAACGCCUUCAAUCCGCUGUGUGCCAACUAUACUGGAGACACACUGGAGAUGGUGGGAGAGACGGUCAGUGGCAUGGCCCGCUGCCCCUAUGACCCUAAACACGCCAACGUGGCUCUGUUCGCCGAGGGGAAUCUGUUUACGGCCACUGUGACGGACUUCCUGGCAAUAGAUGCAGUGAUCUACCGUAGCCUGGGGGACAGUCCUGCACUCCGCACUGUCAAACACGACUCCAAAUGGUUCAGAGAGCCCUAUUUUGUCAGUUCAGUGGAAUGGGGACCUCACAUUUACUUCUUCUUCAGAGAGAUGGCCGUGGAGUUUAACUAUCUGGAGAAGGUACAGGUGUCUCGGGUGUCUCGGGUGUGUAAGGCGGACCUGGGGGGCUCUCAGAGGGUGUUGGAGAAGCAGUGGACUUCGUUUCUGAAAGCCAGACUGAACUGCUCCAUCCCCGGAGACUCCCACUUCUACUUCAACCUGCUCCACUCCACCAGCCCUGUCAUCAGGAUGCAUGGCAGGGACAUCAUCCUGGGAGUCUUCUCCACCCCCGCUAACAGUAUCCCUGGUUCAGCAGUGUGUGCCUUCGACAUGGAGCAGCUGGCUGGGGUGUUUGAUGGGAGAUUCAAGGAGCAGAAGUCACCUGAGUCUAUAUGGACCCCUGUUCCUGAUGAGCUCAUUCCCAAACCAAGGCCAGGAGGCUGUGCCAUCCAGGGCUCCAGGUUCAACUCAUCCAAUGGUUUCCCUGAUGAGAUGUUGAACUUUGUGAAGACCCACCCCUUGAUGGAUGAGGCUGUGCCCUCACUGGGACAGAGCCCCUGGAUUGUCAGGACCAUGGUCAGGUACCAGCUGAAUAAGAUGGUGAUGGACACAGAGGCUGGCCCCUACCGGAACCGAACGGUGCUCUUCCUGGGCUCCAGCCGUGGGACCAUCCUCAAGUUCCUGAUCGUCCCCAACUGGGACAACACUGUGUCCGGCAGCAAUGUCUUCCUGGAGGAGCUGGAGGGCUUCAACCCUGACAAGUGUGGGGAGGACACUCCGCAGGCGAGGCAUCUGUUGUCCCUGACUCUGGACCGGGUGAGCCGCUCUCUGCUGCUGGCCUUCCCCUCUUGUGUGGUCAGGAUCCCUGUGGCACGAUGCCAGCUCUACUCACGCUGCAUGAAGAACUGCAUCGCCUCCAGGGACCCCUACUGUGGCUGGACCAGGGGAAGCACCUGCUCUUUCCUCAGGCCCGGGACUAGACUGCCGUUCGAGCAAGACGUAGAACGCGGCAACGUGUCCCACUUGGGCGACUGUGACGGUCUUCUUCAGGAGUCUUUCAUUGACGAACCAGACGGUCUGGUAUCCAUCAACCUGCUGGUCGUGUCUGCAGUCUCAGCCUUUGCCACAGGGGCGGUGCUGUCUGGCCUGGCUGUCUGCUGGAUCAUGAGUCAUCGCCACCGCCACCGCACGCGAGGGACAGGAGCCAACAAUAGGAGCCGUAAAGGGGACAAAGAGCAGAACAUGCUAGGUCAGGUCCGGAGUGGCUCGGUGAUGAGUGUUACCCGUACCAGUGGCAGCGAGAGGACCCGGUCACAUUCCCAGGCAGACAACCCAUUCGUAACGCCCAAUGGCUGGCCUAAAGGAGAGAUAGACCCAGGCCUACCUACUCCAGAACAGACUCCCCUGCAGCAGAAACGGCCUCCACCCAGUAUGCGGCUCCCAGACGGAGACUGGGACCAGAGUCAGACCUUCCUCAACUCAGUGGGCAUGCCCUGCCCAGCCAACUCAGUCAUCUACCUGAGCUCCAAGUUCCUGCAGGAGAGAGGGGGCAGGCACGAGGACCCAGGGAACGUGGGGCCCCCCAACACGGAGAGAACACGUUACCUGGUCCUGGCCAACCACCGGGAGCCCCACGGAGGACAACCCAGGACCACCCUGAGGAACUCUGCGGGCGAGUACAACUAUCCAGCCACACCGCAGGACUCCCCAGACCGCAGGAGGGUGGUCUCAGCCCCCAGCAACCAGAUGGACUUUGGGGAUCCCCCCCGCUGGACCCAUGAGGGGCUCAACUAUAACAGCAACAACGGAGUGCCCUACCACUCCCAGCGCCCGGGCCUGAUCCGGGCCAACCACCACGGCCUGAUCCGGCUUCAAUCACCUGAUGGGAAAGAGUGUGGGCGAGAAUACCCAUAGUGGCCAGUGAGAAGAAGAGUGCCAUGAACCCCCCUCUCUGAAACCCAUUUCCCCUCAGACUCUCCCAUCCCAAAUCCUGCCCUGUCUGUUCUCUCUCACUGUCAUUCAAUGUUCUGACAUCCCCUGGCGCGUAGCCUGGCUGCCUGACUGACUGACGGAAGAGACUGGGCCACCAGAAUCCAGCAGCUUAGAGAGAGAAAGAAAGAGAGAGAGUUAAAGAGAGGAGGUUAUUCUCCUCAUGGCUACUGCUCUGCUCUCGCCCUGAGAGGUGCACCCCUCUGCUCCGUAAGUGGUUUAACCUGUGGAGCUGGGGCUGGACACAAUGAGACCAAUCUCAAGGACUAGUAAGCGGUGCAAGGGAAGGAACAUUUUGUGAAAAAGGAAUUUAAAAAACGGACAACCGCUUCACUGAUAAUUUAGCAUUCAGCUUCAGUGGGGAAAGGUCUCCUUCUACUAUCUUGUGCUCUGCAAGUCAUUCAUGUUGUGUGACAUUUUAAUUUCUGCUUUACUUUUGUGCCAGCAUCCAGGAGACAACCAUGUGUUUGUCCUUGGUUUUCAGGCCAACUCUAUCACUCAGCUCUAUCCGUCAGCUUGAGUUUGGUAGGUAUUAGCAAUGCCAGAGAACACUGAAUCACACAUUAAAGGAGAGGCUUCCUGUCUUAAUGUGAGCAUACAACACACUGGAGCUUCUUAUAGGAAUAAGCUUGAUAAUGAUGUCAACGAUUAUUCCCAUUGUGUUAACAAUCAUGGAAAAAACACACAUUUCUAGUGUUUCUGAAGCUCUAUUAAGUGUUUAUAAAUCAGACCGUGUAAUGAUUAUAUCCCCACCCAAGUCUUCAGCCCAGAACUAUCAACGACAGCACUGGACUUGAACAUGUCAAAAACCAGGAGGGAGGAGAUAUGAAGAUGGUACCCCUUCUCAUUUGAUAAAAAGUGGAGGGAACAAGGAAAGAGGGCAGAGAAUGGUAUGAGAACUCCCUCCCCCUCCCUCUCUCCUUCUCUGUCUCCCUCUCCCUGGAUCUGUGUGACCUGACCUGAAGCCUAGGCUGCCCGACCUGUUGGAGAGGAGAACACACAGCCCAUGUAGGGGAAUGUGAGCAUGGCUGUGGGAGAUAGCGGGUCCUGGACCCUGCCACUGCAGAGUUCCAUUCAGGCUCCUCUCCCUGACACUGAGUCUCUUUGUGUCCUGGAGCAGGAGGAGAUGGCUACAACAAAUAGCGGUUAAGAGUCAGGCCAGGCAGGACAAACCCAGCUUCCUAGCCCAGUGGAAUAUCAAUGAGGAAAACAGCACUCCCCUGCCCGUCCCUCUGGCCCCCUCACAUACACCGUUUGGGACUGGGGCUGAGACCAGGCAGGUGGUGGGCGCACGGAUGGGUCGAUAAGGCUGGGACCAGGCAGGGUGGUGGGCCCACGGAUGGGUCGAUAGGGCUGGGACCAGGCAGGGUGUUGGGCCCAUGGAUGGGUCGAUAAGGCUGGGACCAGGCAGGGUGGUGGGCCCACGGAUGGGUCAAUAGGACUGGGGCUGGGACCAGGCAGGGUGGUGGGCCCACGGAUGGGUUGAUAGGACUGGGGCUGGGACCAGGCAGGGUGGUGGGCCCACGGAUGGGUCGAUAGGGCUGGGCCUGUCAGACUGGAAUCAUUCAGACUGCAGAUCACUAUAUCCCUGCCUUUCAGCGUCUCCCACUAGAUCUCUGGCCCAGCCGCCAUUAUCAAUCCCCAAACAUUUACAAAUCAGUAUAAACUGCAUCACUGCGAUGGGCAUGUUGCCGGGUGGCAACAUGCUUGGGGGCGCAUAGACUGGCUUCAUUAGUGGGUCUGUGGGCUGGGAGGAGCAGAGGAGUAGAGCAGGAGAGAGAUGUACUGAGGCUGGAGGGGCAUAGGAGGAGCAGGGGCUGGGCUUUGUAUGACUGGCAGAGAGUGGAGGUAGAGAAACACAGCAGCACCAGUGCACACAUGUAGAUAUGUACAGGGCUUAAAUACCCAGGUAUGCUGACCUGCAGGGGGAGCAGAUGGCGAGGAAACCUGGCCUGUAUAGAGCCAGCUGUGUGGUGGGCUGAGGAGAGGAGCCAGGCUGGGCGGUGGGUUUGUUUGUCUUAAUGUGAAGGGCUAACCCACUGAGGUAGAAUACUAAACGAGAUUAAUGUAGUGUAAGCACAUGAUCUAGCUGGGUAGAAAUGCCAACACAUGGCUGGGUUCAGGGAAACAGCUCAACAACUGAACAAGUGUGUGUGUGUGUGUGUGUGUGUGUGUGUGUGUGUGUGUGUGUGUGUGUGUGUGUGUGUGUGUGUGUGUGUGUGUGUGUGUGUGUGUGUGUGUGUGUGUGUGUGUGUGUGUGUGUGUGUGUGUGUGUGUGUGUGUUUGAGUGUGUGUGUUUUGAGUGUGUGUGUUUGAGUGAGUGUGUCUGUGCGUGUGUGUUUGAGUGCGUGGGUGUUUGUUUCUGUACUUGUAUUACAGUAGUAAUGAGUGUUGCCAUGAAUGAGUAAUGUAGUGGGCUGGGGAGAGGGGGGGUUAUAGCAUUAGCACAGUGAAGACAUUCUUUACAUAUUCCAUACUAUAGUAGACAACCCCUCCUCCUCCCAUCUCCAUUGUAGCCCUGAGAGGAGUGUUGGUUGAGAAUAUGGGGCCUUGACAAAGUUUUGACCCCCUGUUGCACCCUCUCCUCUCUGUCACCCCGCUAGUUGCGUCCCCUAAGUGCAGUGUGUGAUUGAGUCCUGCUCUGCCUGCCCAGCCAGCCGUGCUCCUGCCCCCUCUCUUACACUGUUUCACGAAACAUGCUUGAUUAGGCAAAGUACAUCCCAUCCCCUAAUGGUGUGAUGAGCCCCUGAGAAGAUUACUACAGACACAUCGAGAGGGAGACGAGCACCCACUCUCAUCCCCAGACAUCACCCCUGCAUACACAUACACAUACACACUCUCACUCGCACACGUGCACACACACACACACACACACACACACACACACACACACACACACACACACACACACACACACACACACACACACACACACACAGCACCCUAACCAAAUUCAGGAUGUCAUUUAAUUACGAUCCGCUGUCAUCACCAGGCCAGGGAGGAGGGAGGCUUGUGGCUCAGACCCAGAGAUGUGGCUCAGACCCAGAGAUGUGCUCUUUGGAAGAGCCACAUGAUAAUAUGAUUCUCUUAGUCCCCCAUGACUAUACAUGAAAGAAUCUAGGGUUCCCCUUUCUAUAGCGCUCCAGGCUUGCACACAGACGGGCACACACAUAUACACACACACACACACACACACACACACAUACGUGUUUCUCACACACAAUCAGCCUCUUCUUCUCUGCCCCAUGAUGUAUAAUCAUGCUGUGUCCCUCUGCUGUUUAGCUUCUACAAUCAAACAGAGGCAGUUUCUAAAUGUGUCAACACCAGAAUGAGAAAUCUGGGUAAUUUACUGUGAAGCGCUCCAAAAUCUUUGCUCUUUGAAAAUCAGAUUUGAAAUUAUUUAACCGUUUUUUCAUACAUUAGCAAUCCUCUGAUGCAGUAAAUUGUUUUCUUUGGCAGCCAUUUCUUUCUGCUGGGAGAUUUUUGUUUGGUUCUGUUUGAUAUGUAGCUCACACAGUGUCGCCCCCUCCCUCCCCCUCUCCCACAUGACCCGAUCUGUGUGUAUAAAUAUCAUGGACUGUGUGUGUGUGCCUGAGGCCAUGCCAUUGUCUGUUGUUGGCUCGUUUUCCUCGGUAACCCAGUGAUUAGCUAAUGGCCCCCGGCCAGAAACUGCCAUGUCGGGAUGGGACACCCUAGAAAGAGCCAAACCAAAUAAGGAGACAUGUAACCCAGUCUGCUGAGGAAUUAACACAGGCAGCAGACAUUUUAUUCAUCCAGCGAAACACAUCGAAGGAUAAGCACAAAAACGUUUGCAUUUUUGUAAAGUUGUAGAGAACAUUCUAUUUAGUCCGCACUGAUCAUUCUUGUCAUGUUUUCAUUAUUUUUCAAUUUUUUUGUUUCUAUGGUAAUAUUUGUUUGGGUUUUUGGGGUUUUGUUGUAUUGGAUUUUGAUUUGCUCUCUGGUGUGUGAGUUUGAUGAUGAUGAUGAUGAUGAUGAUGAAGAAGAUGAUGAUGAUAUUGAUUAGGAGGAAGAUAAUGGUGAUGAUGAUGAUUAGGAGGAAGAUGAUGCUGAUGAUGACGAUGUGUAUGACGAAGAGGAUGAGGAUAAUGAUGAUUCUGUACUGUGAACAGCAUCUCAGUAUUUGCUCCCACUCUGAUGCCUGAGUCGUGUCUGAGAGGUGGAGAAGAGGAGAGGAGCUGGCAAUACAGACUGGCGAUCACAAUGAAGUGAACUUUCCCACAAAGAGAACUUUCCCACUCGAGUCUCCUGCUACUGUGACAGUCCUGUGGCUCUCACCAGAGGCUAUCUGUCCCUGCAGUGACCAGGGACACUGUCAUUAAAAAACACCACGUGUCCCUGUGUGUACAUAAUCUCAAUGCUUAAAUGUAAUUUAAGUGCAGUAGCUGCAUGACACAGCCUCUGUGUGUACAUAUGUAGAGACAUGUGAAUUUGUACAGUACAUGCAAGUGUGUGUGCUUGUGUCCGCAAAUGUCCAUCAGACAAACACAUGCAUGCACCCUCAAGCAACUGCACAAGACACACACACACACACACACACACCCUUCAGCAGUUGAACAACAUUUCCACAUCAUCCUCAGCGCUGCCUGUCACUUAGCAUGGAGACUUUGCUCUCUGUCAACUUUCUUAUUCUAAUAAACCACUCAGACAUUGA